UAUUGGAGUACAUUACACUGAUGGAGCCAUUUCUCCCUUGGAGAGCAAGGUGAAAGCCGUCCAUGCCCGACUGUCGCUGUAUGACACACAAAGGAAAGCUAAACGCUUCUAUCUUUUUUAGGAGAUCCACUUUUAGAGCUGUGCGGAAGUUGUUACCACUUACCUGGAAAGAGUCAGGACAAACUAGAGUCCAGUUCUCUAUUCAGGUUAUUAGUUCAAGAUGGCAGACCAGAGGCAACGUUCGCUGUCUACCUCUGGAGAAUCAUUAUACCACGUGCUAGGACUGGAUAAGAAUGCCACCUCUGAUGAUAUUAAAAAGUCAUACAGGAAGCUUGCAUUGAAAUACCAUCCUGAUAAGAACCCUGAUAAUCCAGAGGCAGCAGAAAAAUUUAAAGAGAUCAACAAUGCACAUGCGAUAUUGACUGAUGCCACGAAGAGAAACAUUUAUGAUAAGUAUGGUUCUCUGGGUCUGUAUGUAGCAGAGCAAUUUGGAGAAGAAAAUGUGAACACAUACUUCGUCCUAUCCAGCUGGUGGGCAAAGGCCUUGUUUGUGUUCUGUGGGCUCAUCACAGGCUGCUAUUGCUGUUGCUGUCUGUGUUGCUGCUGUAAUUGUUGCUGUGGGAAGUGUAAACCUAAACCUCCUGAAGGUGAAGAGCAGGAAUACUACGUCUCUCCAGAGGACUUGGAGGCACAGUUGCAGUCAGAUGAAAGGGAGGCCUCAGAAACACCUAUUGUGAUACAGCCAGCAUCAGCCACAGAGACAACCCAGCUCACAGCUGACUCUCACCCCAGCUACCACACUGAUGGAUUUAAUUAAGUUAAGGAAAUACUGUAAUUAGAAUGGAUAAAUAAAUACAUGGCCAACUCAACACUAGAAUCAUGAACAUUAGAAGUAGAGAAUGGGGAGGGGGAAAAAUUCUGCCACCGUAAGAAGGCAGCUUUCCAACCUGCCGAAAAUAUUUUGUAAUCCCUUCAGCCUUUUGUCACCUUCAGUGUCGUAUCUUGAUGAUACGUGAAGUGCUGUAGCAUGCAGUAUUUAAAGCAGUUUAUCUAUAGUCUUAUUUGUUUCCUUUCCUUUUUUUUUUAUUUUUUAUAUAUAGCAUGUAUGGAGUUAUGUUAAAUGUCUGUGGUGUAAUGUGUUGAGUUGUCACAAAAUAAGUGAUGGAGACAUUCUGCAUUUUAAGCAGUGGUAUUGGCCUAAAAAUGAGAUUUUUAAAAAAGGAAAAGUUUCACAGAAGCCACCAUGCUUUCAUACAGCUGAGCUGUUAAAGACCUAAGUUCAUGAUUUUCACGUGAAUGCAACAAGUCAGUUCUUUGAUUUGUCCUUUUUUUCCUGCAUUGUUAUCCCAGGAAGUUUACAAAGCCAAGAACCAAAAAAUGCCAGUACUACAGAGCUAGAAUUCUCUUUAAUGCUGGUUUUCAGCUUAAAUAAAUCUACCUGGAAAAAUAAAAAGGGAGAGUUUCCAGUCUUUGAAGAGUAAAUUGAUGAACAGCUGUUUAUGCCUAAGGGGAUCUUUAGUGACAGUGUAACCACAAAAGGUAGUUUGCCAUAAAACCAAAUGUAAAUAGGUUUAUUUGGUGGUGGCCGUGGUGGAAUUUAAACUUCAAGCACAAUUCUAUUUUAGUCUGAAAUUCUAAAGACCAAAUAACACAGCUUUUCUGAAUGCAUGAGAAUCUUGAAGUGAAACUGGUUCAUCAUUUUUUAUUGGCCAAGUAAAUAAAAUGCAGAUAGUAGGCAAUAGUGUAAAUGUUUAAAAAAAAACAAACAAACAAAUUUGAUUUCUUAAAAUAUGUUUGAAAUAUCUAACAUUCUAACAGACAAAUCGGGUACUACUUUUUUGUUUGUCUGUUUUUUACAGCUUUUGAUAACACAAAAGCCCUUUAAUUUUCUCAUGAGCAUCUUUGUGGAAUACUUAAAUAGCUUUUUAACAACAAAACACCUUUCUUUGUCUUUAUAUUGUAUAAUUUGCACAUAGUCUUGCAUUUAGGCUUGUUUACAUCAGUGUUUUUCUGUGCUUCAGAAAAACUAUGGGAAAACUAUUGACAGGUUUCCUGUACUGUUUUGAAACCAAAUAGUUUUUGAAUACUGCUCUUGAAACUGUGGAUUAUUGAGAUUUAUGGCAACAUUUUAGUCAGCUCGUGAAUUGCUGGUAUAUUUUGUUGUUAAUAAUCUUGCUUUAGAUAAUAUUGAGUCAGGAUCUAGAAUAGCUACCAGAAAUCUUGGCGCUUUUAGCAUUUAUUUACAGCCUCUUUAAUUUUGAUCUUCAUGGUUUUAUAUCACAUUGCCUCUACUGUCCUUUCUAGCCCCGAUCUCCUCUUUUCCUUUUUCACCCGUUUCCCUUGAGUGAUUUAUAUCCUCCCGUCCAGUAUAUUCUUUGAAGAUCUGUUAUGCUGCUUUUUUACAAGAUCCAGGUGUUGCUUCGGAAUGGGUUAAAGCAUUGUCAGUCUAUAAGAAAACCACCAGAAAAUGAAGGGGACUCUCCUGCCCGAGGAGGGCAAAGCACGCUUCCGUUUGGCUGUCCUAGGUUUGUAAAAGGUGCAGUUUUUCUGGAAGUUGCCCAGAUUAAAGGGGGAGAGAGGAAUGUGAAAAUCCUUCUGAAUAUAUUUUCAUUCUUUCUUUCCAUGGGCUGAAAAUGAUAGAGUGCGUAAAGUCUGACAUGAAACCCUGUUAAACAUACCAGAUAAAAGGUUCUUAACUCAGUCCAAAUACUAAGUGAGAGAUGGUUGCCAACUCACUUUCCCAUGGCAGUUGGCACAAGCACAUUUAUUGCCUGUAUGUAAGCUUAUUACAUAUAGGUAUGCUUUUGAUAACACAUUAGUAUCCAGAAAUUCACAAAGAGCAUUUAAUUAACUGACUAGAUUUAAGAAACACAGUUGUUAAGUAAGUUCUUCCUUGUCGAUAGUCCUUCAGACCUGAAACCUUGUGGUUUCCUGGAAGAUACUUUUAACUUUUUGUAUCAGGCAAAACUAUCUUGGGUGGCUUUGAGGACAGUCAUGUGUGAUUUGACUUGAGGUGCUUAUUAAUCAGAGUCUUUGUUUGACCCCUUGGAAUGAAAAGUAAUUUUUAAGCUGGAAAAAAUAAUGUCUCGUGGACUUUCCUUGUAGAUUUUGUCUGAAGCCUGUGCUUAACGUCGAAUUCCACCCUUGAAAAUGCUUGAAUAUCUUUGCGGACUUUAUCCCCUAAAAACUCAAGGGUCAAAAUUGCCUUUAUAACCUGUGCAAAUCAGGCAAUGUUCCUAGUAAAAAUAAAGUGUUAACUUUUUUGGCUUUGUAAAUCAGCAUAGUUGAUAAGAGUGACUCAGUAGAAUGAGAAAGAUGCUGUUUUCUCAUGUACUGUAGUCUACGAUAUUCUUCUAUUUCCACGUGUUGAUCUGGAUGUGUGAUACAGAAGGCCAGUUGUUGCUCUGCUGUGGAACAGCUGGGACCCCUUACAUUGGGGUUGAUUGUUGGUGUUAAUUCCAAAUAAGAUUCUAUUUCUUAAUCACCCUGGGGUGUUUCCGUUGAACUAGAAGAGUCCACAGGAGGUUGUGGCUUGGAAACUGAGCAUGCUGGGGACUUGUGUAACGUACCUUCAGGCUACGGUGAGAGUCACUCUUACUCUGUUUCCCAGAAGCAGUGCAGUGUGAGGAAGCCCUACAGACUUCUCAGUACAAGCUAAUGUCAAAACUAAAGCGUAUGGAGCAAAUGAAGAUUAGAGAUGAUGAUACCUUUAUCCAUGUUUUGCACUACUUGAAAAAGAUGAUAUUUGGGAUGAAUUUGCUGUUUUAAAAACAGACAAACAAGCAACUCCCCUCCCCUCCAAAACCCAACUUUUCAACCAGCAAUUAGUUCUUCCUUUAGCAAGGCGUGAAUUUAAGAGAGACUGCUUGCUUUUCAGCUGUUUCUGUAGAUGGUUGUGGGAAUAGUAAUUUAAUCUGUAUGUUACAUAUGCCCAUACGAUGUUAGAUUUCCCCAAGGGAAACUACUCUGAGAUCCCAAUUACGGGGAAUGAAGGGGAAAAAUAUGAAUGUGAGUAUUUUUUUGAAACUGCUAAAUUUGCCCCCGUUAGUCUUAAAUCUCUGAAUUUAAGAUGACUCUAUAUUAAUGUGUUUUUGACUUCUCUCUUUCCUGACUUCUCAAACUGUGUGAGAUCUAAUUAUUUAAACAAUGUUUCUUUAAAACAAAAAUUGUGUAAUCAGAAGAUAUGUAGGUUAAUGCCCGCUUUUUUCUUAUGUCAUAAGUAAGGUACAAGUGUAUCCUGCGGUUACAUCAGUUGUACUUCUGUCUUUGCAAAAUGGCGAAACAGAAUCCCAGGGAAUGCAAAAUUGUAUUGGAAAUAAUGGUUAAAAAUCUGGUGCUUAAGAUCAACCGGCUUAAGUUCUGAGCUUAAGUUUAUGGAGCUGUAAUGUCCCUACCAGACCUAAAAUAGCGUACCUUUCCAGGCACUAAAGCCUGGGUGAAAAUACUUAUUACUGGCUUAUAUGCAGGAUGUUUCCUUCCAAAAUUAAACCUGAGCACUGUUGAUCUCUAUUCAGUAUGUUGCCAGAAUCAAAACUUUAGCUUUGCUUUUUGUUUCUUAAAAGUCACAUCAUCAUUUUUACAAGUUACCCAAGAUCUCUGUUUAAGUAGUUCAGCAGCUUCCAUCUAGCUCAUCAAACGUACUCAGCACCCAUCUUCUUAGCCCUUGUAGCUCCUUGUUAUUAGGAGGAGUGUAUGGGGGAAAUCUGAUUUGGAGAGUUUCAUUGACUGAUAUUAAGGACCACUGGUUUUAUCCACAAGUUUCGUUGUACGGAGAGCCAUGGUGUUUGUAACUUAGGAUAAGUAAGGAAAGCUACUGCCUCAUUUCAAGGAAUGCGUAGGUACCAUCUUUUCUGACAGCAGCAAAGCUGUCAUAGAAGUAGCUGGUGCUGGACUUGCUGUGCCCUAUCCUUCCUGUGCAUGGGGAAAUCCCCAGACCGGUGUAGCAGUAGUGCAACAAAGCAUUCAGUACUUCACUUGAAGUGAAUGAAGGGGAGUCGCACCUGUUAAAUGCCAGUUUCAUUUUGUUAGUAAUAUAUGUAGGAAGUUCUUGAAUAUUUAUCUGUAUAUAAAUUUGUUUAUGUAAACAUCAAUGGUGUCUGAUAUUGUAUAGAUUUCUGCCAAUUCCAUGCAGUGAUGUUUUAGAGCCAUAUUAUCGUUUUAGUCUUAUUUUUAGAUUUGUAGUAUUUUUAAACUGCUUUAGAUAUUAGUGCUCAUAGUGUUCUUGAAAAUGUGAUGCUCUUUGAAAUUUGUGUACGCAGCCUACAGUAUGAUUAGAAACACCUGCUUAAGAAGAAGGCUUUAACACGGUACUACCCAAUGCACAGCAACAGUGCUGUGGUAGGGGGACUACAGUUUUAAAAACCCUUGAUGUCAGAGUAUAGAAGCACUGCAGAUAUAACCAGGGCAGGAACCUGACAGAAAAUAUAUUCCUGUUCCAUUUUUUAAAUGGUUAUGUUUUGUGAUGUGGAGGGAUGUGACUAUGUUUUUGGGGGGGCUAAUCUUUGAGCAUUUGUAAUGUACACAGUUCUUGAGAGAGGUACCUGUUUUCUUAACUCGUUUUUGCCCUUUGGUGCCCUUCAGUGUUCUUGACAUUUCCAAAUAAUUUAGGAAAUGCAUUUGUGCUGCGGUUUUUCCUACCCAAUGCAACUGGAUAUUGGCUUAAUGUUUAACAGGAGAUUCUUGCUAGGUAGUCAGGCUUUUGCCACUUGGCAGCCCCUGCCUCAUGUUAGUAAUUCUGGAUGCUGUUUAAGUCUGCGUUAAUCUUAGAAUCAAGGCACUGAAACAUAACCCCCCCCCCCAUGCAAAUGUUUAUAGUGUAAAGUCGGUAUGAACUUAACUUGCUUUAUCAUUUGAUGCCACUUCUCUGUAUUAUAAUGGAAAACAUCUAGGUUGUAGUAAAUCAUUAUGCCAACAACUGUUUGAAGUAUCCUGAAAGAAGUAUAACUGAUAGUUAACAAAAUGGCAGGUAGUUUGUCAGUGUUCAAGUCCUGCAAGAACUAUGGUCUGGUCCACAUACUGUAUGUGGAGAUUUGAGUGCUAUCUGAGACUCUGCAAGACCGAGAUUCCCUUUUUGUACCAGGAAAGUGCUUUCUUUUCAAGAAGAAACUGCGUUAGGGAAGCUUUCCGUUGCUUUUGUUUGCACAAGCCAAACUCCGUUAAUCUGGAAGACAUACUUUCAUUUGAAAAUAAAAUGCCAAUGUUAAAUGUACAGUUAAUGUAGAAGGAGAGAUGCUGGGAAUUAUUGGUGGCUCUAUAUAUGUGUAGAGGAAGCUCUUACACAAAAUAGCCAUUCAUUCUUGAGUGCGGUUGUUUUCUCUGCUCCCUUUCCCCCACAACCAGCAAUGUGGGUGUAUUCUUGUAGUUUGUGAAUGGUUGCUUAUCAUAUUCUGUGUACAGCAAUGGCUUCCAAAAAAUGUGACGAUCUACUUGAUUCCUGCCAACUGCCCUUUGACCCUGUCCCAUGAGGGCAGAGCUGGGAUUUACCUGUUUCAGCUCUCCUAUAAAGGAAAGAAAUGAAACCCAACAAUAGCGAGGAGGGUAAGGGCAAUCUCUGAAAUAACUUUGACUUGCAUGGGCUGGUAUGUGGGGGCAUAUUAAACAUGGUCAAUAUGCUAAUCACUAAAGGUAAUAGUGGAAUACAUUGAUACGUUUUUUUCCCUAUACCAGUUUUAACUACUUUGUAGUCUACAAACUGGGAGUCGUUGACUUCACAAAGCAAGGUCCAAACCUGUGCUGUAGGUUUUGGAUUGCAACAUCAUGUGUGUGUAUGUAUGUAUAUAUGCACAUAUGUAUAUAUUUAUACAACAGGUGUGCACCUAGUACUUGCUGCUGUUUUUUCUUUGGUGGUAAAACAUGAAAUUUGGCUCAAAGUACUUCUAUGAACUCUCAGACAGAAAAGCCGAAGGUGUGAGUUUUGUGUGUCCAGAAUCGUGCUUUCUCCUUUCAGCUGCAGGAAAGAACAAACAAGACUUGUCAAUUUAAAUGACUGGUGAAGGAAACAGUGGAUGGAUCCUGUUGUAUAAAUAAAUAGGUAGUACUAGUGAGAGAGCUGUGCUGUUUGAAAAGGGAAAAAUCAAUCUUCUGCUCAAGUGGAUUCCUAAAGUCUUCCCUCCUCGCUAGUGAGAAUUUAAACUUGAAUCUCAUGAUGCAUUUGCACAGUCUGGUCCAGUUAUUCAAUUUAUAGUGCUUACCGAUUGGAUUCAUAAGACUUGGAAUUAUCGCAAGUCAUAAAACUGGAGUUAGCUGAUGAUUUGUGUAAAGGCAAAAAGAUUGUGGCCAACGUAAGUGUAUGUACCACCAAAUUACUUCUAGUCAUAUUGGGUAGAGAAUGCAGCUGGCCCUAGUUGGGCCCUAUGUUCCAGAAGCUGUUGCCUAACAUACAAAACACGCAUUGGUUUUCUGCUUAAUGGCAAUCAGCAGAAAUGGGGAAAUAUACAGGGGAUUCCUUUUAUUACUUAUAUGUUUGAAGUUAUAUUUGUGUCUGUCACAGUAGAUGAACUUUGAAGUUUGCCAAGUUCAAAACGCUUGAUGUUUCCUUGUUUGGAUGUGUGCCACUUAAGCCAAUUGCUGUCAUUCCUUCCUUCCUUCCACUACAUCCCCACCUUCUCCCACGUUUUUGGACUGGGUGUGGAUUAUUUGGUUUGCGUUAUCACAGACAUCCAAGGCAGUUUAGAUUCAUUUUGCAUGAGAGCAAAGCCCUGAGAUAAAUAGUUCAUUAUGGGGUUUUGUUAUAUUGGCCUCUUUAUGAAGCCUGUGGUAGCUGAAGAUGUAAUGAGAGAACGCGUUUUGCAUUUGCACUGUACUUCAAUUCCGGUAGGGUGGGGGGGGGGGGAGAGGGGAAGCCCAUGUUUAAAAAAAUAUUAGCCGUUGUAAAAACAAUCAAAGUAUAAAUGCAUCUGAAAAACAAUUAUAAUAUAGACAUAUAUAUAUUUUGUUAUGUUACUAAAGGACCACACUGAAUUGUAUGUAAGUAGAUGUGGCUGUCUGAACUUUGUGGAUUGUAACACUCGAUACUACUGAGCUCCUGUACAUACAUGCAGUUGCAGCAGAAGGAAUUAUUUUAUGUUUUAGCAUGGUAAUUUGUGUAUUGUAUGUCUGAAUAUAAACUAAAAUAAAGAUUGCUAAAUUAUCUGAAACCACUGUUGUAAAAUAAAUGUUUUCAAUGCGGAAAUGUA